AUGACAGCACUGUUUGUUUUGAUUUGCAGCUCGCGAUUCCUUUUUCGCUGCCGUGAAGAAAGUUUUGUGAGUUUGAAGACUCAAUUCGUCACCAUGGCCGCUCAAACACCACUGGAACCCAACCCACGCAGGAUAUAUCUAACGCCGGAAGAAAUACUUGCCGAAAAGAUCUACAUCUGCUCGUACGAAAACUGCUUUGCGAUGUUGCACAAUCUGGCCCACUUGCAGAUGCAUCUCACCCGACAUCACAAAGCACCUGCAAUCAAUCUACAGUCCUUGAAUAAUGCUGCUAAAAUUGAGCGUACCCAUUUCUACUGUCCAUGGGUAAGCUGUCCCUACUAUCAAACAUCGGAAGAAAGCACCAAUGGAGCACGACAUUUCGGUUCGCUUCGUUCGCUAAAGCAACACUACCUCAAGGUGCAUGGUGAGCGAAAGUAUCGAUGUGUGGCGUGUGAAAAAUCGUUCGCUACUGAGAGUUACCUACGCCAUCACCGACUGUCCUGUGGGCAAAAGUUUUCCUGUGCCCAUUGCUCAUAUACGUACGGUUCCCGGGAAGCACUACUGACCCAUGCCAAACGGAAGCGGCACGGGUAUGAAGAGUUACUUUCGGCUAAGAAACCACAACGGAUAAAACCUACGAAACAGGUUUUGGAAGUGAACUGUGUUAGUACCGGCACGCAAACGUUGUCUGAGUUGUCGGAGAGCAAAACUACACAAACGAUUGAUUCCUUCACGAUCGCCGUUGAAGCACGGCAAGAUGAAUUUCGGCUCCCUGUUGAGACUGUUCCAAUGGUCGCCGAACCGACUGCUACCGUUCCCCAGGCGGCCAUAAGCGUAGAAUCUCUAACGCCUGUCGUUUGUACAGAAACGCAGACCGAUUUCAUCGAUGUAAUGUUCUCACCGACUGAAAACCGGCAUGAUCCGCUUCUUUCGUACGCCCAUAUGUACACACAGACAUCCGACGAACCGGGUCUCUUCACUGACCUGGGAUUGUCCACCACGGAAACACAAACUAGCUGGACGGAGGAAAGUGAAACGUUUGGAGAUUACCUCGUAUCGACGGAGACGCAAACGAAUUUCGACAUCGAUAGUUUCGACUGCUCCAGCGACGGUAUCGGUGAUAAAACUGAUCCGCCCAGCAACAGUAAGCAUACACAGGUUCCGGAAGCAAUGACGGAUGAAUUUCAUCUACUAAGAGGUGCUAGCAGCUUUCUGAGCGAUAUUGCUGAUUCGAUCGAUGAUCAUAGGGCUGUUCACACACAAACGUCUUGAUAUGAGGAGAAUCACGACGAGGAUCGUAGUUAUAGGAGAUU